UCCUUUGAACUUUUGCCUUUUCCAUUGAUUCCGCCGUACUGUGAUCUUCCUCGCCCUUUCGUCGGGGAAGUUCCGCCGAUCGCCGCCGCAACCGCCGCAGCCGCCGGAGUUUUUCUUUUUUCUUUUCCGUUUUCUUUAACUGUAGCCUUCGCCGCCGCGGCUGUUGUAAACCACCCUUCCGAUUCCUCCAUUUUUGUUCGGGUUUUGUACUGAUUUCGAUUUCCAUGGCGCUGUUAUUUUCUUUGUAGAGCUCUCGCUCAUCUCACGGUUCAUCACAGACUUCGAAAUUUUCAUUUACUUCUUCGUCUGUCUAUUACAAAUUUUCCGAAUGGCGAUUCGAUUUACCGUCUCCUACACGGCCUCCAUCGCGUCAAGCUUCGCCGCUUCGACGGCCGCUCCUGGAAGAUGCGCUGCCUCCAGGCUCUUCCACGAGUGCGCCGCUCGAUCACGGAUUUUCCAGCACUCUGCAACGCAGGGCCUCGAUUCAGGCAACUCCGACUUCCGCCGCCCUGGAUCCACUCCCGAUCGAGUCAAUCAUCGAUCGUCUGUGCAUUCGGUUCUGACCGGAGAGUUUCUUUGUGGCAGUACACAAUCGAUCCCGCCUUUGGCUGCAGAAUUGAUUUCUUGCUUGAAGCAGUCAAUGGGGGCUUCUUCGGAUACAGGUUUUCUGCGGAUUUCGCCGUUUAAGGCGGGUUCAAUUCUGUCCUCUUUAUCCGGUUCUAAUCUGUCCCCUUGCAACGAGGUGGGGAUUAGAGAGGUGGAUAGAGGAGGAACACUUGAUAAUACCAAGCGCAACAAUUUAGUCGUUGCAACAGUCCAGAGUGUUAGCUCUAACGAUAAUGGUAGUGAAUGUUCGGAAGCUCUAGCGAUGGCCAAGAAUGUCGGCUCAGUCAGCAGGAAGGUUUUGGCGCAGAGCAGUGGUGUUAGUAACCGCAGUGGCUGGGUGUUAAAAUUGAUGAAUUAUUGCUUAAGUUCUCAGGAUGUUAAGGCAGCAUUCACUGCUUUCAGCGUUAGCAUUCUGUUUAAGUCGACUUUGGCUGAGCCCAGGUCGAUUCCCUCAACAUCAAUGUACCCGACUCUUGACGUGGGCGACAGGAUUCUAGCUGAGAAGGUUUCGUAUAUUUUUCGAAAUCCAGAAGUGAAAGACAUUGUGAUUUUUAAAGCACCUUUAAUUCUUCAGGAAAAUGGUUUCAGUUCAUCUGAUGUGUUUAUCAAAAGGGUUGUAGCAGUAGGGGGCGAUUCUGUGGAAGUUCAUGAUGGGAAAUUGAUUGUCAACGGUAUAGCUAAAGACGAGGAUUACAUUUUGGAGCCACUUGAUUACGAAAUGGAUCAUAUGGAUGUUCCCGAAGGCCAUGUUUUCGUCUUGGGGGAUAACCGUAACAACAGUUUCGACUCACAUAACUGGGGUUCAUUGCCGAUCGACAACAUCAUUGGUAGAUCCGUAUUUCGAUACUGGCCUCCUUCGAAAGUAUCCGACACUCUUCACAUCCCGUCAAAUCCUAUGGGCGCCAUUGCACUUUCAUGACGGCCCCGAUUGAAUUGAGAGAUUUCACACCCGAUUCAUUCAUCAGGACACGAUUCAACAACUUACUUUUGAGCAUAUUCAAAAUUUUAUCUAAGAUGGAUCCGGGGAUCCCCUCCCCCCUCGCCAAGGCUGCUUCCAACGGCGGCGAACUUUAGUAGAUCGACUGCUUCUGCUUCUGUAUCUUCUGUGUAUCUGCCUUUUUAAUUAUCUGCAACUUUCAGUCGGGGAAACUCAUGAACACAAGCGGGCAUGCCUGCUGCCCCGCCAGGCGCAAAAUCCUCCUGUCAAGAGAGCCAACAUCGUCGUCGUCAGAGGUAUGAAAUGGGAUGAGAGUGAAGUAGAGAUUGAUGAUGGUAGUUUGGUGAUAGGGCUAUGAAAUGAAAUGAAAUGAAAUGGCUAUUAAUUUGUUGGUAGCUGUGUUGGCUUCUCUAUGAAUUUGCUGCCUGUGUGUAAACAUAUUAUUCAUUCAUAAGUAAGCAGGAGGAUUUCUUCCUCGUUUGUCCUAA